AGCGCUCGAUGCUGCGUACCCUUAAAAGACGUCUAUGGUUGUCGAUAUAGGCCGGAACUAAUGUCAAAUGAUCAAGGUUGCUACAAGCCAGUGUUACAGUGACACGCAGACGUCAUUGGCCUAAUAAUAUCGUCAAUCCGUGUUUGAUGAGUUGCAAUGGCAGCAGAAGGAACAGGCGUUGAGCUCACAAGGAAGUUUGUCUCAGAAGCAGAACUUGAUGAGAGGCGGAAAAAAAGACAAGAAGAGUGGGAAAAAGUGAGGAAGCCAGAAGACCCAGAGAAAGCCCCGGAGGAAGCGUAUGACUCACGUUCCCUUUUUGAACGUUUGGCUGAGCAGAGAGACAAGAAACAAGAGGAAUUUGAGGAACAAUUCAAAUUCAAGAACAUGGUGAGGGGAUUGGACGAUGAUGAGACCAGCUUCCUGGACGAGGUUUCCCGGCAACAGAGUAUGGUGGAGAAGCAACGCAGGGAUGAAGAGAAACAAGAACUGUUGGAAUACAGAAGUGCUGUAGCAAAGCAAGUGCCCCCCGACAGCCGUCCAGAGCCAGAGAAGAAGGCAGCACCAAAACAUUCAGUAGUGGAACAAAAGACCAGCCACUUGUCUCAGGCCCAUUUACUGGUUGGGGCAGUCAAAAGACGCAGUUCAUCCCAGUCAUCAGAGAGCAGUAAGAAACAAAAGGUGGAAAGCACAGCAACCGGAAAUGGAGACAGACACACAGAGCAGGAGGGAGGAGGAGGAGAAGGAAGGUCAGGGGGAGCUGAAAGUCAAGCAAGAGUCCCAGGCCUGGUGUCCAAGAACCCUUCACCCCCCCUCAACUCCAGUCCAGGUGUGCUUCACCUGCCCUCGGCGGCAGUUUGCAUCGGCAUCUUACCGGGACUCUGCAAUUACUCCGGCAGCAGCGACUCUGACAGCAGCUCGGACAGCGAAGCCCACUCCCAACAACAAGCUGUGCUUUUGGCUGUGGGAGCAUUGACUGGCAGCCGUGGAAGAAGGAAAAACGCUGCGUAGAAGGUGUCACAUGAUUGCUUUGCAGCAAGGGCGCAUCUCGCACUCGUCUUUGGGUGUCAUGCAAAGUUUGUGUUGUGUUGGAGACUCAUGUGAAGGAUGUUGGAGUCACAGCAUUCUGGGGAAAUGCUCAACUCUUUGCUGCUUCCUCAGGCUCACACGCUCUGUGUUGGUCUAAGGAGAAAUAAAGAACCUUCUCUUUUAA